AGAGGGAGAGAGGGCUGUUUCAGAACUUCACAAAAAUCUCGUUCGAAAAAAGGGUAGGGAUGUCGGAGGCGUACGAGAGGGUGAGGGGCGGAAGACUGGCCUUCAAGGGCGGCGAGCUCGCCACCCGCGAAAAAGCCAUAGACAAGAAUAAGAAAAAGAAGAAGAAGAAGAAUAAUAAGAACAAGCUCGCCGACGACGCCGUUUUGGCGGAGGAUCCGAGUGUCAGCGUGGUGGAGGAGUCCGGUUCCGACGUGUACACCAUCGACGCGGCGAAGAAGAUGAAGUACGACGAAUUGUUCCCCGUCGAAUGCAAGAAGUUCGCGUACGAUCCGAAUGCGAAGAAGAAGUCCGUCGAGGAAGCCCUAGAUGAUCGGGUUAAGAAGAAAGCCGAUCGCUACUGUAAAUGAACGAAUUCAGCCCUCGAUUUCUGCUGGUACUGGAAAAGAAAUUGCUUGCGCAACUGUUUUUCUGCAAAAAAGUUGAUUAAUUUGCACAUCUAGGGCUUUUCCAAUUUCAAUUAAAAUUAGGGCUUUUCCAUUUUCAAUUAAAAUUAGGGCUUUUACUUGUUUCGAUAUAAUUAGAGUUGGCUCAGUCGAGUUGAUUGAUGUUGUAUGUGAAGAACAUGAUUCCGACUUACUUCAUGUCGGAAUUUGGAGAAAUUAAUUGGACAAGUGUUUGAUUCUGAAGAAAAUUUCUGCUGUUACAAUUUUUCA